AUGCAUUUCAACGGACUCGUUCUUGCCUCCCUUGCCACGGCUGCUGUGGCUGCUCCUACCAGCAACGUCUUCAAUGAUGUCUACAACUUCGACGCAACUCUGGAAGAGUUCUAUUCCAGAGUGAGCGCUCACAUUGGACGAUUCGCCGAUGGGCCUCCACCUACCAAUUGUGACUUGUCCAAGGUGUCGGUGCCCUCGUCGUCAUUACCCCCUGCCACUGGUACAUUGAAAUAUGUCGCUAUUGGUCGGGGUACUCAGAACUACACCUGCGCCGACGCUACAGCAGAUACCCUUCCCUCUCAAAUUGGUGCUGUCGCCAACCUCUACGAUGCCUCCUGCAUCGCCGCCAACUACCCAGACCUGCUAGACCUGGCCACCGACAUUGUCCUCAACUUCUCUCUCCCAGCACCCGGUGUCCAGACUCCCCUCGCACCUGCAAAUGUGGAAAUAUUGGGUCACCACUACUUUGAGACGACGACUACGCCAACCUUUAACCUCAAUACUACGCCUGACAAACAGUUUGGAGUGGCACUUACAAGUAAGAAGAACUCAACCACUGCCCCUCAAGGUUCUAUUAUUGGUCAAUUCAAUGUCGGUUACGGUGCUGUCCCUUGGUUGUAUCUUACGAGUAUUACUGGCACUACCGAUGGGAUUACUUCGGUCUACCGAGUGAAAACUGCUGGAGGUGCUGCACCUGCUACUUGUUCCGGUCAACCAGCUGCUUUCCAAAUUCAAUACUCUGCGCAAUAUUUUUUCUAUGUUUAA